AUGGAAUCUGAUCAAAUACUUAAUCAGACACAAUUGCAACCUGUAAAAAGAAUAAAAGUCAUGUUUCUAAUUCUUUUUUAUACUAAUACUAUAGAAUCUGAUAAGUUUCAUCCUUUUGUAAUUGAAAAAUCACUUAAUUCACAAUAUUUUAAAAAUCCAAUAAAUUGGUUCUACCUGUAA